UUCCAGGCUGGCCUUCGGCCUUUGCACAAUCCCCGAGCUUUCUUGACAGAUGCAUACCGUACCGGAGGGGGUCUCAGGCGGAUGAAUCUCAACACCGACCCCGGAAGGCAAGACGCCUAGAGGCCUGUGCGUCCGCUGUCCCGAACGAGCAGGUUCUUUGCAUUCUCCAUGGUAUCGCCUUCAAAACAAGCUGCAGUGACAAACUGCACUUGGAUCUUCUACAGCUAACGGAGCCGUAGACCUGAUACAACUGUCCAUCACAGGGUCGGCGGGACGACAUAUAUAAAAAAAAAGAUGUUGAUAGACCAAGAUGAGACGGAACCACAGAGACAAUUUAAUGCAGCAGUGUCUGUCAUCCAGGGCCUGCCUAAAAAUGGAGCAUAUCGUCCAUCGUAUGAAGAGAUGCUUCGAUUCUACAGCUACUACAAGCAGGCCACAGUAGGUCCCUGUAGCAUUCCACGGCCUGGAUUCUGGGAUCCUAUUGGUCGAUAUAAGUGGGAUGCCUGGAACCGGCUUGGAGACAUGAGUCAAGAUGAUGCCAUGUGUGCUUAUAUCAAAGAGAUGAAAUCAGUGGCACAAAAGAUUAUCGACACAGUGCCUCUGGAUGACAAGUCUCCUGAUAUGUUUGAGCCUUUCCGACCUUUGUAUGAAGUUAUUCCAGAUAUGCCUCGUCCUCCAGAUACCUUCUUCAAGGAAACCCCUGAGUUUGGAAAUCCCGAUGACGAGGAACCUGACCUUGGGCUAAAGGAAGUCGUCUGCUCUCCAUCUGCAACUUCUCAAGCUUCCAUACCUCAAGACGAGCAAGUGUGGGUGCAUUCACAGCCAGAUCAACAGGGAGAAGAAAUACGAAGUGACCCUAUAGGAGAGGCUUCCAACUUUGUACCACAUGCAAGGGAUGUGCAUAGCUGGGCAUCCAGUAAUGAAGAUUUCUGCGACAGUAUAGAAGAAGUAGGACGUGUACAGGUGUUUGAAGGUAUCGAUUCCCGGAUCAAACCUCACCUUUUUCAACCAACCUCAGACGCCACAACCUCAAAUGAGCACAGCAGGAGGCAGAAGCGAGAAACGCUGAGGGAUACCGAAUGUGAUGUAGAGAUAGUGGCUCAGUCAACUAGUGAAUCCUGGCUUGUGAGCUCUGGAGAAACAUUCGAUUCAGACAUGCCCAGUGGAUCACAGAUCAGGAAAGAGCAUUCACCUCACCAGCUGAGCCACCAGAUUGCUGCCACAGUGGACGCCCUGCAAGCAUCCAUCCAGGGCAUCAGUCAGCGUCUUGAAAGUCUGGAAAAGAUGCUGCAGGCUCAGCAGUUGGAGGAAACUCCACAUGAAACUGACAAAGAGAUGAAAUCUUGGAUCUCUCUCUUCAUCCAAUCUCGGACUCUGUUCUUUAUUUUUAUCUGGCCGUUCAUUGUGCACUGGCUGUUGCGUAGAUCGUACCGAUGGAAAAGAUGACCUGCCUUCUACCUCAAUCAAACUAUCAAUUUUUAAUGUUCAAACAUUCAUGGAGCCACAAGUAAAUGCAAUAAUUAGACAUGAGCUGGGGAAAAUAUACCGUAGAAACCUGAGGACUGAGAGAAAUCAGAUUUUUCUUUUUGCUGCUGGUGAUUGAAGCUCCCGUGGUUUGCUGGCUAGCUUCGUCAUGCAGCAAGACAUCCAAAGUCAACCAUCACUGGAUAAUCAUUACACAGUACACGGCUCUGACACUUGCCUGACAAUAAAUCCCUCGGCCGUUCCUUGUUUUGGCACCUAUGACUAAAUACGCUCAUUUUAUUAUGUUUUUUAGGUAUUCCCUAUUUUUAUUUACUGCGUUUCAAUGCUUCUUUGCCUGUAUGAGAACUGAAGCGUGUGAGACACAGUCACUUGCCACAUCAGGACAAUUACAAUUUUUUAUAUAGCACCAACUUAUUCCACAGCGCUGUACAAUAGGUAAACAAGACAUUUAAUUCUAACAAUACAAGUAUGAAAUACGGGGAUAUUAGGUGAAGCCCAAAUGAGCUUACAAUCUAAAGAUCAUUUCAGCUUUUUUUAAUUCAAAUAUGAAUUUAUUGACAAUUGAAUCAAUAGCCAAGCACUCAGUGUCUCCAUGGGGAGAUAAACCCUGUAUCAAAAUAGGUUAUUAGUUAUUAUCAAAUUCUUAUUUUGUGCAUAUUAUAAAAAAAACAGUUUUUUUCCCCAUGGUACAUCUUUGCAUGCUUUGAAAUUCGUAAAACUGACCAGACCAUAUACAUUUAGGGCACCGCACUCUCCUGGUCCCUAGGGUGCAACCGGGCCAGAGGUAGGCCAAACCUCACUUUGCAGUUCUGGAUAAUAAAUGGCAGUUCAGGCACUGAAGGUGACACAAAAGUAAGCACUGUUUAUUGGAGCAAUAAGCAACGUUUCGACCCUGCAGGGUCUUUUUCAAGCUAACUUGGUGUCACCUUGAGUACCUGGACAGUCAUUUAUUAACCUAUCAUUUAGAGGCAGCAUUAACCUGUAAGCAGGGAUAUCCUGAAACAGUUUACACAUUUUUGUGUUCUGCUCUAUAUUUUUAACCCCGCAAUAAAUAUUGGUCAAAAAAUAUUCCUAUAAAUCAUACUGAGAGAAUCUUUAUAAGCACCCCAGCUUUUUAAAUUAGAACUCUGAGCAACCAGUAGAUGCUGAAAAAGAUGGUGAUUUUAACUUCCAUUGGCUGCCCAGUUUGAUAAAUUAAAACGUGGUAAACUCUCACUUUCAUUCUGACACGUAUGUUUUGCACUUCACAACAUGAUGACGACGGGGUAUUUUUCAAGAUGUAUGAUUGAAAGGAAGGUGUUUUCCAAUUCUUUGACGUAUGUUGAUGACUCUACAGAAGUGAACGAUGCCAGUGGGAGAUGAGACGUGUUUGCUUCCUUAUAUCUAAUAUGUGCAGUACUCCAUGUGAGCGUAUCUCAAUGGUUUUAUUAGUAGUACCAUUCAUGUUUUGUUUUUUUCCCACAGUGGGAUAUCUUUUAUCAGUGUUACCUCCAACUAGCAUCCUUUUGUGAGCGGUCCAGUAGAUUAAAAUGUAAGAAAAAAAAACCCACACCUUAUAUUUUGCAUAGGAAGGUGUUGAAUGGAAAGAGGAGGGAGUGGCUGUUAAUUAUUUCAAUAGUAAAAAUGUUGCUGAUGCACUGAUUAGGGGAGGCCAUACGCCACAACUUUUCAAGUCAUCAAACUUGGACACGUUAGAGCACUCCAGAUGUUGUGGACUACAUCUCUCUUGAUGCUUUGCCAGCAUUAUGGCUG